AUGUCAACACUGAUCACCACUACCGUGUCCACUGAAGCCCUCUCCAUUUCCUCUCAGAAUAAAGCCCUGAAAACCACUGAGGAAGUCGCUCUUCAGAUCUUCUUGCUUUGCCAGGUUGGGCUUGGGACUGUGGCCAACAUCCUUCUGUUUGUGCAUAAUUUCUCUCCUAUCUUGACUGGCUCUGGACGGAGGCCCACACAGGUGGUUCUCACCCACGUGGCCGUGGCCAAUGCCUUGAUUCUCCUCCUCACUGCUUUUCCAAACAAUAUGGUUUUGUUUACACGGAGGCCUCGAAAUGACUUCUCAUGUAAAUAUGAGUACUACGCCCGAGUCGUAGCCCGGAGCUCAAACUUGUGCUCCACCUCGGUCCUGAGCACUUAUCAGUUUGUCACUCUUGUUCCUGGUAACUGGGGUAGGGUGAUGCUCCGAAGACGAACUCCCGAGGUCCUGAGUUAUUCUUGUUACAGUUGCUGGUUCUUCAGUAUUUUAAAUAAUAUCUACAUUCCAAUGAAACUUGCUGGUCCACAGAGCACACGCAAUGACACUGACUCUAACAGAAAGUGGGUCUGCACCACCUCUGGUUUAGGUGUAGAGGUGACUUUCUUGCGCUUUGCUCAUGAUGCGGUCUUCAUCGGCAUCAUGGUCUCAACUAGUGUCUCCAUGGUGAUUCUCCUUCAUAGACACCGCCAGAGACUGCGGCACAUUCACACCUUCAGUGAUGACCAGAGAGCACCCCCUGAGACCAGAGCAGCCCACACUAUCCUGAUGCUGGUGGUCAUGUUUGUGAACUUUUAUGUUCUAGAUUGUAUUUGCACUUUCUUUCACACUUCUUAUAUAACUUCCCGUCUCUGGUUGAGUCGGAUCAAUGAAAUUUUGACUGCAGGCUUCCCCACUCUUUCUCCCUUACUGUUGAUCUAUAGACAUUCCAAGAAUCCUUGUUCUGUGAUCUUUCCAUGCUGUAAACCACAUUAA